UCGUUCCCGGGUGUUCCAUACAUGGCUAUGCUAUGUGGAAAGACGACGUGGGACAGAGAGAAAGAGAGACGGUACAAGUGAUUGCAAUGGUGGGGAAAAGAUACACACACGAGGAGGUGGACAAGCGGAGGCGAGUAAGAACCAAGAGAAGUCCACGAGAAGAAAAAGACAAAGUAUCUUUCUGAGGAAGGGGUCCACCAGUGAUCCAGUGUGCACACGUUUAGUUACGUUCCACCUUUCUUCGUUAUCCGUUAUCCAUUUGAACUCGCGAAAUCGAUUUAGCCAAUUGUUAUCAUUUUUCCUAAAUUUCAUUAUCAUUUUGCUCAUUACAGUUUUUUUUUCUUGAAUAAAUCUAACUUACAAUUUUAUUUCAAUUAUUGACAAUAAUAUUUAUUCAAAUGUGACAUUUCUUCAUCUACCUGGUCCUAGAAAAAACAAUAUAACAUGUAUUUAUUUGAAUAUGAAAUGAUUGGUUAAUUAACUUUUUCCAUUCAAUUUGAAAUGUUAAACUAGGAAGAAUAAAUGAAUGAAUAAAGAGAAAAUAUAAAACAAGUACAUAAAUCUAAAAUAUAUCGUGGAUGAUUUGUCAGUGCUAAGUGUUUGAUACAAGGAAGAUAAUAGAAGAGGUUUUCCUGGUUUAUCAAUCGCGAUGCCAUCACUCGUUAAAUUAAGGAAGAAGUAUAGGCGUGGGAGUAUGGAUUCACGGUGAAGUUAAUGUAAAGACAUAAAGAGAAACGAAGAAGAAGACGAUAGGCUAAAAAAGAAGAGAAGUUGAGAAGGAAGAAGAAGAAGACUAAAGCUGAAAGAACAGUGAAGAAAAGUCGUGUGUGAGUACACGCGACAAACGCGUGUUGAGGAUGACGGAAACCACCCGAAGCUUAGUAAUAUUACUAUUUACAGUAAUAACAUUAAUUCAAUACACUCAAACAAAAAAUGCUAGAAGUGUGCAAACAUCUACUACAUUAUCACCAUUUACGAUAUCUAAAUUAUCUUCAAGAUCAGCAUCAUAUUCUCAAAAAUUAAAUAUAAACACAUCAGUUUCAUUAUCUCAAGGAGAAUUGGUCACUGAGAUGGUUUCUUCGAGUUCAACAUCUGUACAAAUAUCAAAAUUAUUGUCAACUACAGAAAUUCCAUGGGAAUGUCCAAAUAUUACUAAAAGUGGAGUUGAAUGUUCAUGUGAUUUUCCGCAUACUUUAAGAUGUAUUGGUGAUCAAAAUUCAUUACAGACGAUAAAUGAACAUUUGAAGAGCAAUCGAGAUGGAACAAUAUCUCUUCUAGACUUAACAGUAACAGGCAUCUCAACUCUUCCAGCCCGUUUUUUGGAAGAUGUUGCACUUCAUGGUCUUGUAGUUUCCACAGGAGAAUUGCGCCGAGUUAAUGAUAAUGCAUUUACCGCUUUAGUACGACCACUUCAAGCUCUUGGACUUCCCAACAAUUUAUUGGAAGCUGUACCAACAUCAGCACUUGCUCAUCUUAUUGGAUUAGAUAGACUUGAUCUUUCACGCAAUAAAUUACAUACUCUUGAAGCUCAUUCUUUCAAGGGCCUUGCAACUUUAACAUACCUGGACCUUUGCGACAAUUUAUUGUCCCAAUUGUCUCCACAAGCUUUCGGACCAUUGAAGGCUCUUCGAUCAUUGAAGAUGCGAGGAAAUCGUCUGAGUGUAUCAGCCUUGUCAGCGUUGCGAGGACUUAAGAAUCUCGAGGAACUGGAUCUUUCUAGCAACUUACUCAUUGGGCCCUUGGGACCCAAUUUAUUGCCGUCAAUGCCGAAGUUGAAAUUUCUUACAGUAUCUGAAAAUGAACUCGUAAAUGUUCAACAUGGUGCACUUUCUGGUCUUCGUAAUUUAACCUCGCUCAGCUUAAGCCAUAAUCAGAUUGAUGUUCUUGAAGACCAUUCUUUUAAGUAUUUAUCGACUUUAACUCGAUUGAAUCUUGCAAGUAAUCGAAUCGUUGCCGUAUCAAGUGCAUCUUUGGCUCAUCUAGAAAAACUAGUAGCCCUCGAUCUCACCCAUAAUUUCCUCCGGUCUCUUACUGCUGAUUUGAUAGUACCUUUAGUAAGCCUUCAGGAUCUACGAUUAGAUGAUAAUGACAUUACCAUGGUGUCAAACGAUGUUCCAACGUCGAAACUUAAAUUAAAGCGUCUUUCACUUGCUGAUAAUCCACUUAAUUGUGAUUGUACACUUUUAGACUUCGCUAAUUGGCUUAAUAAUUCAACAUUAGAUGAAGAAGACAAAACCUCAGCAGUAUGUGCGACGCCUCCAGCUUUAGAAAAUGGAAUACUUACUCAAGUAUCUCCAGGAAGUCUUCUUUGCGGUGAACCCACUCCGCCAAUGAUGACUAAAGUUCCACUUGCCAGCGCGCAAUUGACACUAAAAGAAUUUCAUUAUGAUAAAACGACCGGGAUGAAUAUACUUUGGAAUGUAGAACCAUGUAAUGAAAGAUACACCUGUGAUAGUUUAAUAGUUUAUGAAGCUAUUGGUAAUUCUGAAGUUGAAAUUGAUUCAAGCACACUUCAUUGUGAUUCUCGGCUAAUGAGAGAUCCAUGCUCAUUAUCGGUAGCAAUCCCAAGUUCAAUGAAUUUACAACUUAAACAUAAAUAUCGAUUUUGUGUCGUUCUUCUUGUUCCUUCUGAAUUUGAUGAUUUAUCACUAGGUCUAGGAUGUAGUGAUGUGAUCACUUUAGAAGAAACUCAAUCAUCUUGGAAAGAUGUAAAUAAACAACCAAUUUUACCAAUCGCUCCAUCAACGACUGUUUCUUUCAUUGAAAACUUCCAUCAUCAAAUCACCGGAGUUCAUGUUAAUGUAUCGGAUCAAGGCUUUCUUCACGUUGACGUAAGUCUGUCAUCUGCAAUUGAUCCUAUGAACUCAGCCUGUGAACUGUCUGUUGUCGUCUUUGCUGGCGAAUCUGCGUUACAUCGAAAGAAACUAAACUGUACAUUAACAUAUGCAGAAAUGACUGGAUUAAUUCCUGGAAGGUACAAAGUGUGUGCCAGCUUAAGUGAUUUUAUGGACCAUAAUGAUCUUGAAAAUGAUGCAAACAAAGGUCGAUCGAGAUGCGUAGAAGUUCAAGCUUUCAAACAAAAUGCAGAAUUAAUUAUUAUUGCUGUUGUGGUAGCAAUAUGUGCAUUAUUAAUUACGAUUAUUUUUGUUAUUCGUAGUUUGAUUAGGAAACUAAAACCCCAACAAAUACAAACUCAAUGUUUUCUUCCUGCCCAAGAAUUUGAAAUUACACACAAAGCACAUUACAUUAAAUUAUUAGCAACGACGAAAGUCUGAAAAACAAUCUUAAAUUAAAUCAAAUCGUAUUUUACAGUUGUUUUAUAAUUUACCUUAUAAUUAAAGUUCCUAAAAGCACGAAUAACUUACUAGAUGAUAUUUAAGGAUUUAUUCCUUAGAAAAAUGUAAAUACUUUUAUUUUUUAUAUUGUUACAUGAAUAACAAAAUAAUAUAAAUUAAAUAGGUAUUCCA